CGGCGCUUCUGAUUGGCUGUGACUGCUGUCAGACGGACGCGGCGUCAGGUGGCUGGGCUGCCCGCGUCUCGCUGCUGCUGCUGUUUCUGCUUAGCCUGGCAGGCGGCUGUGACUGGUCGGACGGUGCUGGCGGCGCCUGGGAGCCCCUUGGAUUGUGUCGCCCCGACCUCCGCUGUCGUCGCCCUUCUCCCCCUGUUCCUGUCCGCGGCGUCUGUGGAGCUGUCAGUCGCCAGGAGAGCUGCCACCCCGGGAGGAGAGCAUCCGGGACACCUCUGUUGCUGCUGGUGUCUGCCCAGCUAUAACGCAGGGCUGUCCUGUGGCCCCAGCUGACCCCUCUACCCCGGACCCCGGCCUCUACGCCCUCCCUGUGCUGCCUCCUGGCUGUCAGCUGUAGGACCGGACGUCUGGCCUGGGCAGCUGUCACAUCCUCCCUCCUUCCCCUCCUGCCACCCUCUGCACUCCCUCAAUGAGAGAUAGACCCAGUUAGCUCCAUGCUGAUGCCCCCCAACCUUGUGGUUCUUAUUGCCCCCCUGUGUAUAUGUAUUUACUGGCAGGGUGGCCUGUAGUUGCCCCUGGCUUGGUGACUGUCUCCCUUCCAGGAUAGAGGAGGAUGUGGGAUGGAAGGGCCAGGCUGGCAUUUAUUUCGUAAAUCCUGUGGUGUGUGGCAUCUUGUAGCAGAAGGCUGGGGGGAGAAGUUGCUCUACUCUUGGAACCUUCCCAAUUUUAAAAAGAAAAAUAUGGAGUUUUAGUAUUUAAAAUAAGUUGCGGCCUGUGGGGGGUGGGUGGGAAGGGUGUUUUGUAUACUUGUUGCGGAACAUCGGCCCAGAGUGAAGUGGAGAUAGGUAUUUGGUGAGUCUUUGCACCGUGAUAAGCAGCUGGAGAAGUUUGGGUAUAGGAUGAGAUUUGUUUCUAAGCUGUCAUAGUCCAGGUGAUCUGUCUUUAUGGCCCAGUGACUGGGUGACCUGUCAGUACGAUACAUUGGAGGGCAUUUCUGUGAAUGUCUCUUUGCGGUACGCCUGCCAAUGCAAAUAUGAUGGCGGCGUACAAUGGGGGUACGUCGGCAGCGGCUGGGGGCCACCACCACCAUCACCACCACCAUCUGGCCCACUUGCCCCCUCCUCACUUGCACCAUCACCACCAUCUGCAUCCCCAGCAUCAUCUGCACCCUGGCUCGGCUGCUGCUGUACAUCCUGUGCAGCAGCAUGUGGGCUCUUCCUCAUCCUCAGCUGCUGCAGCAGCCGCUGCCGCCGCAGCAGCGGCUGCCAUGCUCAACCCUGGCCAGGCCCAGCCAUACUUUCCAUCUCCUGCUCCAGGACAAGCACCCGGGCCAGCGGCGGCAGUGGCACCUGCUCAGGUGCAGGCAGCAGCAGUAAAGCAUCACCAUCAGCAUGCUCAUCAUGCUCAACAACUGGAUAUUGAACCUGAUCGACCCAUUGGCUAUGGAGCUUUCGGUGUUGUCUGGUCUGUAACAGAUCCACGGGAUGGAAAGAGAGUAGCUCUCAAAAAGAUGUCCAACGUCUUCCAAAAUCUAGUCUCUUGCAAAAGGGUCUUCCGAGAACUGAAGAUGUUGUGUUUUUUUAAGCAUGACAAUGUACUCUCCGCACUUGAUAUUCUCCAGCCGCCUCACAUUGAUUAUUUUGAAGAAAUAUACGUUGUCACAGAAUUAAUGCAGAGCGACCUCCAUAAGAUCAUCGUCUCUCCUCAGCCUCUCAGUUCAGAUCAUGUCAAAGUUUUUUUAUACCAGAUUUUAAGAGGUCUGAAGUAUUUACAUUCAGCUGGCAUUUUGCAUCGAGACAUUAAACCAGGGAAUCUACUUGUGAACAGCAACUGCGUGCUUAAGAUUUGCGAUUUUGGUUUGGCAAGGGUGGAAGAACUUGACGAAUCUCGUCAUAUGACUCAGGAAGUUGUCACUCAGUAUUACCGGGCUCCGGAAAUCCUAAUGGGGAGCCGUCAUUACACUAACGCUAUAGACAUCUGGUCUGUGGGAUGCAUCUUUGCAGAGCUGCUUGGGCGAAGAAUCCUGUUUCAGGCACAGAGUCCGAUACAACAGUUGGACUUAAUCACAGAUCUGUUGGGAACACCGUCACUUGAAGCAAUGAGGACGGCUUGUGAAGGCGCCAAGGCACAUAUACUCAGGGGUCCUCAUAAACAGCCAUCUCUUCCUGUCCUGUACACACUGUCCAGCCAGGCGACUCAUGAAGCUGUUCAUCUGCUUUGCAGAAUGUUGGUCUUUGAUCCAUCGAAACGGAUAUCUGCUAAAGAUGCCUUGGCUCACCCUUACCUGGAUGAAGGUCGCCUGCGAUACCACACCUGCAUGUGCAAAUGCUGUUUUUCCACAUCUACAGGCAGGGUCUACACUAGUGAUUUUGAGCCCAUCACAAAUCCAAAAUUUGAUGACACUUUUGAGAAGAACCUUAGUUCUGUACGGCAGGUGAAAGAAAUCAUCCAUCAGUUCAUUUUGGAACAGCAGAAAGGAAACAGAGUGCCGCUCUGCAUCAACCCUCAAUCUGCUGCCUUUAAAAGCUUUAUAAGUUCCACUGUUGCUCAGCCAUCUGAGAUGCCUCCGUCUCCACUGGUUUGGGAAUAGUUUGGAAGACUUACUACUGAAGGUGUCCUGUAGCUUUCCACUGGAGUCUGGGAUUUGCAAUUCUGAAAUUUUGAUCAUGCUUGUACUGUCAUUUUCUUAAUUAAGAUUUAACUUAUCAACCACUAAAUGUAAAAUCUAUAUUAUAUUUAAGAGAAAAUGGUGUACUAGUGAUGACUUUCAGUCCAAUAAGUCAGUGGUUGUAUUUUGAACUAAUUUAACCCAGAAUUGCAUAUUUUUAUGAAUUCUAAGAAGUUUUAAGGCUCAGAACAAAUUGACUAUUGCACCAAAUUUUGCAUAAUGAUUUUUAUUUUGUAGAGGUCGGUUUUAAGUUUUUAAGUAUUUUAUUUAUUCCUAAUGAGAGAUGUGCAAAGCAUUUUUUUUUUUUAUACUGAGCCAUUCCUGAAACCCUAUUUUUGUGUUGAUACAAGCAAACUGGGAGGAAUACAAACAUUGUCUGUCUGGAGACCAAUCAUGAAGAACUUAAGAAGAGGAACAGACCACAGGAUGAUGGUGAUGUCAUCUAGUGAUCAGACUCGGACACAUGAUGACAUCUUAAAGGCACUGUGCUAAAGGAGAGCAUUGUGCUAUUGUGAUAUAGUAAGACAGAAGGUUUGUGGUUAGAAUGAGUGCAUCUGUGACUAGAGGGAACGGAACUUUUGCUUUCCUUCCCAAUAUAAAUAUAUAAAAAAUAUAUAUUUAAUCUAUUUUUCUUAGACUUCCUUUCUUUCUUACCUUGUCAGUCCUGGGCAUGCUUCAUCACUCAUCUAUGUACAUAAUUCCAUUGACGGGCUCAUUUGUAAAGGUUCUUUUCAAGUCCUGCUGUACAAAGGUGCGCUUACUGGCACAUUUUAGCUAUGAAUAAUUGUUUUUUUUUGUGGCCCCACCCCUCCCCUUUUUGCACUGGACGGCUCAAACAUGAGGAAAGACAAAAAAAAUAAAUAACGCUGAAAGUAGUAGGAAUAUCUUUAACCUGUGUACUUAGGUGAGAACAGCUGUGAAAGUGUUGAAAUGUCACCGUAGAACAUUUUUUCUUUCUUUAAGAACACUGAAUAUUCUGUGUAUAUGUACAUACAAACUGAUGGCCUCUACCUCCUGGAGUUUACAGCUCAGCUUGUUUCACUCCAAUUAUUAUUUUUAGGUUCAGUGUGCAGACUUUGAAACUUGAAUGUUCCUUCCAAUUUUUAUAUGUAAACAUUACAAUACAAUAAAACUGAAGAUUGCUUUUCACCUAUAUCAAGGCAUUUUAAUGGAUUAACCUUGUAUGUAUUCAGGAAUCCUCGUUUCAUGGGAAGACAAAGGUAUUUGUAAUGAAUUAUUAAUUGUUCAGUUUCAUGUAAUUUAUCUUUUAGAAUAAUAGUUUUAUUCAUGAGUGAGCUGGAUUGUAAUAGGAGAAGACUACAAAAAAUUAAGCUUUUGGGAAGUUUAACUUCAAUGAAGUAACCUUUGCUGUGAAAGACUGUGUAAUGGAAUUCUAAACUUAGGAGAUGGGAUGGUAUCAUUCUACUUUUGGUUUUUACUUUCUAAAGUGGCUCCUGAGUCAGAUUCCAACAGAUGCAUUUCAACAAGGGUGUCUUGAGAAAGCCAAGUUUUACAUCAAACAAACCUUACUCAAAAUAGAUCUGGAGAAAUAAAAGGCUUUAUCUUAAGAGUUUGGUCAUAUGAGGCCCUUGAUGGACACUUUGUAAAAUGUAGAUUUGAAGUAAAGUGGUGAAUACAUUAAAUGUGACAAUAAAAAAAAGUUUUGUUUUUUCUUUUUCUUUUUUUCAUUAAAAAAUGCAGUUUCUUACAAAAUA